GAGACUGAGACGACUGAGCAGGAAAUGCGUCCCAUUUGGGAGUCGGCCAGCAGGCCGCUGUUUGUGCGCUCCGUGUGGCAGGAGGCGAUAGGCAGGCGCCACUUCAUUCUCGACUACGAGCCACGCCAGAGGCAGCGCUGGAAGCGCCAGAAGACGCGACCCAAAGGGAACUAUCAGCAGACCCAGUCCUGCGAGGAGUACGAGCAGUCGGCGGAGGAAAGUAUCGAUCUUCUGGACGAGUAUCUGCUGCUGGAUGCCACCAAGCUGACCCUGCAGCAGCAGCAACAGUCCUUCCCUACUUUGGGCGGAAGAAUGAGUGCCACUUCAGGCUCGGCCACGGCGCUGGGCAGCAGGGAACAAAGGCAGAACAGUCGUCAGGCCAAGAGGCGUGCCUGGCUGCUGAGCAGGGGCAAAACCUACAACUUGGACCACCAUCUGGCGGAGCAUCAGUCGCGACGCAGCUCACUGCAGGAUCCCAGCACAGCCCCCAUGACGGCGAACAAUCCCGAGGAGCGGCUGGCCGAGCGAGUGCUCCACUGGCUGGACCUGGCUGGGAGGAAGGACAUCGUGAAAGAGGCUGCCAUCCAGCCAGUGACCAGCAGCGCACAGGUGGCCAGGGCCAACCAGAGGAGUCAGCGCAUCCACCACCGUGCAGUGAGCCUCAAACGAAUGGUGACGGCGGCCGGGUGCGCGAGCCAACAGCGCUCGAUGGUUAGAAAGUCCAGCACCAAACCGCAGCAGACCUCCAACCACACAGUGGUCAGCUGCUCCUCCGCUUCCGCUUCCGCCUCAGCCAAUGCCAAUGCCAAUGCUAAGCCCAUUACUAUCAUCUUCAACAAGGAGGGCAUCCCCGUUCGUCUCAAUCGACCGGCACGCAACAUUGAUCUCUGUGCGUUGAGCAGCAGUGCCAGUGCCACGAGACGUCUGGCCGGACAGUUGGCAUCUGCCCGACUGUACAGUGGAGCAGCCGCCUCUCCCCCACACUCCGAGGAGACGCGCACCCCGCCGCACAGCAGUCGGUCGGGACUGGCCGCCACCGGUUUGGGUUCCUCUGUCAGCCUGGACAGCCGGAAGCAGCUGCACAUCUUCAUGCCCAGCCUGCCCAAGAAGGGGCUGCUGGCCACGCCUGCUGCAGGGGCAGCUGCUGGCUCUGGCGAGGAUGCACUGAGCGUCAGUUUUAGUGAGUUGUGCCAGCUUUAGCUUUAGCUGGGAAAUCGUAACCCAUUAAAUCAGUUCAGCGUUGUAAUUAAUAAAGUCACACACCAUUACCAUAUUC